AUGACCGCUGUAACUUCAACCUCAUCUACCCAAAAAGCUCUCGACGCUUUCUGGAAGAAUAACCUCACAUCUGAUGAAAUAAUCACCCGCUGUAUGUUUUAUUUCAAGAACAACUUCAUAUGACUGACAAUAUUCAGCACCCAAUGUUCUUCCCAAACAUAUUUACGAGCGACUCCUCGGGGAAGAAAAGUCCAAGGGCAAGAUCUCUGGCUGUAGCGUCAAUACCUCCUACGAUGCUGCUGUAAAAGAAUGCGAAGCUAAGGUUGCGACCAUUGUGGCAGAAUGUAGGCGCAACAAUACCAAAUACACCGAUAAUGAUUUUGAUCUCGAUGACAUGGAUUAUUGUCUCAAGCCUCUCACAGUUACCAUACCAGGCACAUCGAAUGGAGAAGAGCAUACAGAGCUAGACCCUCCAAAGAAAUCAAAUAACAUGAAAACCGUUAUUACACGAACCGGAACCGCGAAGCUAACUGCGGCCGAAAUACGAGGGCCUGCCUGUGCAAAAAGAGUUGAUGAUAUCUUCGAAAAUCCCAAGUUUUUCAUCGAGCAUGAACCUCAUGUACAAGAUAUACGACAAGGUUCAGAAGGAGAUUGUUGGUUUAUCUCUUCUUUGGGAUGUCUCACCGUAGACAAGGCAUUUCCAAAACUCAUUAAUAAACUUUGCCCAGAAAAGGCACGUAGUGAGGAAAUCGGAGUAUAUGGAUUUGUUUUCUAUCGUGAUGGGGAAUGGGUCUCAGAAAUCAUUGAUGACAAACUAUACCUUACUAAUCCCGAUUAUGAUGAUUGCGAUGAUGAUAGAAGAUCUGUCUGGGAUCGCUCUCACGGAAGAAUGGACCCGGAAGCUUCGCGUACAGAAUAUAAAAAGGCUUUUCAGACAGGCUCUAAUGCUUUGUUUUUCGGAUCGUGCGCUGAUCCCAACGAGACUUGGUUACCGUUGAUUGAGAAGGCUUUUGCCAAAGUGCAUGGCGACUUUGAUUCAAUUAAUGGUGGUUGGCCCGGGUGAGCUCUCCUUCAUUGCUGCACACAAUCAAUGUAGUGGAUCCUAACUCAGCACUAGUGAGGGCGUCGAGGAUCUUACUGGUGGUGUUACUACCAAAUCCAUUUCCUCUGACAUUCUAGAUAAAGAUACUUUCUGGACUCAAGGUCUCUUAAAAGUAGGCCAUGAGUUCAUAUUCAAUGCCGGUACAAGGGAGUAUACCCAUCCGGAUCCAGACGAACUCGGCAGACAAGGUAUUGAGGAUGACCACGCUUACUCUAUUCUUCGAGCGGUUGAAUACCAAGGAAAGCGUCUUUGCCUCUUGAAGAAUCCUUGGGGUGAGACGGAAUGGAAUGGCCCAUGGUCUGACGGGUCUAAAGAAUGGACUAGGGAAGCACUUGAUGCACUUAAUCAUAAGUUCGGAAACGAAGGGAUUUUCUGGAUGCCGUAUGAGGAUUUCCUCAAUCGAUAUGAUGAAAUCUGGAGAACAAGACUCUUUCAUUGUGAUUGGCUUUGCUGGAAUGUUGCACAACACUGGACUACUGUCAAUGUACCUUGGUCUGGAGAGUAAGUACUUAUUCAUCACAUUUCAUACUCCUUUUGGAAGUACAGGUAUCUUCAUACUAACUCUCUAGUCAUAACGACACCUCCUUUCACUUUACUAUCCGCGAGCCUACCACGACCGUGAUUGUCCUCUCCCAACUUGACAACCGCUACUUCGGUGGCCUUGCUGGCCAAUAUACUUACUCACUCUCUUUCCAUCUCCAUUCACCAGGACAAAAAUCUCAUAUCGUACGCGGGUACUCAAGCGGUGAUCGUUCCGCAACUACUGAAAUUUUUCUCGAAGCAGGUACUUAUGAGGUGUUUCUUCAAAUCACUGGAUAUCGUGACGAUACACUUCCAAAAGUAGAAGAUGUCGUCAAGCAGAAUUGGCUCAAUAGGAGAGAAAAAUUGAUUCAAAUUAGUUUGAAGCAUGAUAUGGCUUAUGAUAAGGGUGUGAUUGAUGAAAGUUCCUCAAAGAAGAGCGAGGGAAUGUCUCUUGCUACAUCCGCUGCUCCUCCUACCCCACCUACAACCCCCCCCAUUACGCCAUCACUUCCUUCUUCCGGGAAUGCGCCAGAAAUGGAUAAACAUGCCUGGAAUGCUUCCUGUGUUGUUGGUCUCAAAGUAUAUACAUAUCAAACGAUAGCAACGAUCAGACUAGGGAAAGCAGCUAAUGCAGUUGAUGUUGAGGUUGAAAUUGAAAAGAUUGAAGAUGCAGAUAAGAAAGGACACGAAAUCCGUAAGAUACUUUCUACACUAGAUGACAAAUUCUCGAGUAACUUACAUAAGAUGAAGAUUAGGACGAAAAAGAAAAGUUUAAAGGUAAAGUGGAAGUUUCAUAAUAGAGAUUGGAAGGAGGAGAAUGGAUUGGGUGAUGGGAAGAAAAA